UGUCGUCUGAUGCGGAAGUAAACGCACAUUCAGAAGUAGUUUUAUCAAGUUUUAGCGAGUAAGAAGAAUCUCAAUUUUACUUCAACGAUGUCUUCUGUCCAAAGUAUGAGGAGUUUUGUCUGUGACCGACUAACUGCGGCUGCUCAGGAAAUACUGGGAGCCUUUGAAAGGAGAGCGCAAGACUACGAGGCAGAAAUCACUCGACAACGCAGACUGCUGGAUGCCGUUUUUUCACCUGAGAUAAAGUUACACCGAACAGGACUCCCACUGACACCUGUUUUUAAGGAGGAGGUGGAGGUCCCACCAGAUCCUCCGCCAAUUAAAGAGGAAUGCGAGGAAAUGUGCAUCAGUCAGAAACAACAGCAGCUUGCACAGCAGCAGGAGACUGAAGCCUCUCAGUUGACUUCAACUUGUGAGGGAAGUGUCCCUGGUGACCAGUCUCAGGCUUUGGACCCUGACCAAACUGUGAGUGCAGCGGAUAACGAUCCUCAAUUCAGCGAUGCACACAAUGAUAUAUUACCUGAAUUUGAUGAGGACAGUUCUGCAGUAUCACCAUCAAGCACUGACAGCCAACACCUCAGUCACAACUCUCUUGUUAGAGCUGAGAGCCCAGAUCAUAUUACUAAUGCAACACCAACUAGGCUUAUUGAAUCUACACCAAACGAGAAAAGCAAUGACGAGGACACAUCAGCUACAAGUACUGAGCAAACAUCCAAUAAGAAUAACAACAAUAGGAGCACAACAUCAGCUACAAGGACAGAGCCACAAGGGAACAAUGAGAAACCAACAUCAAAAGGAAAUAGUGAGCCGACGCCAAAUAAGAAAAAUAGCAAUGGGAAUAAAACAUCAAAUACAAGGGCUGAAACAACACCACAUAAGAAAUGUAACGAUAAAACUCCAACAUUGACUAGAGGCACAGAGCUAACACCAAAUGAGAAAUGUAAUGAUGGCGACCCAACAACAGAGGGAAAUAGUGAGAUAACACCAAAUACAAAAUCUAGUGAUGGUAAUAAAACAUCAACAAAAAGUACUGAGCUAACACUGAAUAAGAAAAAUAAUGGUGCAAACACAACGUCAACUGAAAGUAAAGAACCAACACCAAAAAAGAAAUCUAGUGAUAAGACCCAAACAUCACCUAGAGGCACAGAGCUAACACCAAAAAAGAGAUGUGAUGAUGAUGAACCAAUAUUGACAGGAAACAGGGAGUCAACACCAUAUAAGGACAGCAAAGAUGGGAGGCCAAAGUCACCUGGAAAUGUUGAGUCAACACAAAGUAAGAAAUAUACCAGUGAGAGAACGACAUCGGCUAAAAGUACUAAUCCAACAACAAGUAGUAAACCCAAUGAUGGGAAAACAACAUCAACUUCAAGUACUAAACCAGCAACAAAUAAGAAAGACAGUAGUGGGAAAACAACUUCUACUGGGAGUAUUAAGCCAGAACAAAAUGAAAAUUCUAAGAGUAAGAAGACGACAUCAGCUAAAAGUACUGAACUAAAUAAGAAGCUCAGCGAUGGGAAAUUAACAUCAGCUACAAGUACAAAGCCAGCACCAAAUAAGAAACCUAAUGAUGGAAACACGUCUACAAAAAGCAAGGACUUAACAUCAGGAAAGAGACAAAACAAUGGGAGCACAACAUCAGCAACAAGUAUUGAACCAUCACCAAACAUGCAAUCUGACAGUGAGGAGACAACAUCAACUAAAAGCGCUGAAUCUACACCAAAAAAGAAACCCAACAAUGAGAGAGUAACGUCAACUUCAAGUACGAAACCAACACUAAAUAAGAAACGUAAGGAGGGGAGCACAAAUUUAAAAGGAAGUACUGACCCAAGUAAGAAACGCAAGGACGAUAAGACAACAUCAAAAACAAGUUCAGAGCAAACACAGGGCGAGAAAAGUAAAGAUGAGAGCACAACAGCAAAUGUAAGUACUAACCCACCAUCAAAGAAGAAACAUGGGAACCCAUCAGGCGGUAGCGUCGAGGAUAGUGAUAACCCUUACAAGUGUGACCAGUGCGGUAAAGUGAUGACUAAUUUCAAAAACUACAAAUUUCAUAUGAAAUCCCACACUGUUGAGAAGACUUUCAAAUGCGACACCUGUGGAAAAAUGUUCAGGGAGAGUUGGGAUUUGAACAAACACGUAAUAAUUCACUCUGUUGAGAAGCCUUUCAAAUGCAAGGUCUGCGGAAACGGAUUCAACCGGCGCUACAACCUCGACUUGCACCUUCGGGUUCACACUGGAGAAAAGCCGUUCAAAUGCGACACCUGUAAUAAAAGUUUCAGCUCGCUCGUGAAUAUGAGGAAGCACACGAGAAUCCAUACGGGUGAGAAGCCGUACUCUUGUAGUGAGUGCGGGAAGGAGUUUGCAGAUUCAUCGUCCUACAAAAAUCAUCUCCGUGUGCACUCUGGGGAAAAGCCCUUCAAGUGUUCCCAGUGCAAGAGGAAAUUUGCCACCAGGACGACUUUGACAAGGCAUCUCAUUACACACACAGGUGAAAAGCCAUACAAGUGUGAAGUGUGUGAAAAAGUCUUUGGCCACAGGACAGAACUGAAAGCACACAUGAGGUUACAUACUGGGGAGAAGCCUUACGAAUGCAGCACUUGUGGAGAACGGUUCUCCACCUGGACAAAGCGCAGCAAGCACAAGAGAGUACACGCAAGUGAUGCAGAAAGCUCCUCUAGUUAAAAAUCUGAAGCCGUGCAUGCUUUCACUGACCCUUUGAAACCAAAGCAAAUUGGCUUGAUUUCUUUCAAAAACAUAGGAAAAGGGCAACAAGCAACUUAACAA